GUGCCCAGAGAAUGUACAAGGCCUGUCCACAACUUGGAAGCAAACUAAAUCGUUAUGUUGAAGGUGAUCAAAAAUAAAAGAAUAAAGCAGACGUUUAAAAGCCAACAGUCGCUAAAAUGCUGAUCUAAUCAAACUUGCGUCGACAAACCCAAAUAACAAUUUAUAAUGGAGAUUGAUAAAGAGACGUAUUUUCAUAUGAGCAUAUUAACCCUCGUCUAAAUUAAAUUAAAUUUGUGAGAAAUGGGAUGUAGUGGAAUAUUAGAGACCUUCAGAUACACGCUCAAUGUGACGUCUUUUCCUGUAUUUUCACGUCCACGCACAUGUUUGUAACAUAUUAGCUUGUACAUAAACGAACUAUACGUUGGUACCACUUCAAUAUUCGUUUAGUUUCGUGUUGAAGUUAAACACUUAAAUAAAUUUAUUCAGUCAUAAAAUAAUUGUGUGCAUAUAGAGUGUUCAGUGGAUGAAAUAUUGAUGUGCUUGCUAAGCAUUUAGAUCUUGGGAAUAAAGAUAUUUCAUGUUUUCCGACCAAAAAUGUUCUAUGUGAAAUCGUCAAAAUGUUCAGAAAUAUAAUUUUCUGAACUUGGGAUUUCUGUUUUAGCCAUUACAUGUACUAACGUCGUUUCUGGAUUUCCUUCACUAGCUAAGGCAUAUAUUACCAAUACUAUUUUAUAUCUACCCAUUCAUCUUAAUUUUCAAAUUUGAUGAACUGUCUCGCUUAUUGAGACAAUUUUGAGAGAGACAGAGAUUCUAAUUUACAUGCUUGAGUGAUUUUCUGUUAGAGCAUGCCUCCAUAGAAAUAAAAUAUAUCUUAAUACCCAAGUUCUUGAUGCUAUGCAAACAUACCGAUCUUUUAUUUAUUGAACACUGUAUCUACACAUGCAAAUCAAGAAGAUUUCUUAAUCAUUGAACAAAAAUAUUCCAAAAUUAGUGGAUGGCAUUUUUCUAUCACCGCGUAUUUUGGGAUUUUUGUUUUUUGCAGUUGUGUUUCUUUGGG